CGAUCAUUCUGUCGAUCUGCGCGGUCAAGAUUUGCAACAAGCGGAAGCGCAGAAAACAAGAGAAAGAACUCAACAUGGUAACGGCGCGACUUACGGACCGGAACGCAGCACUAAGCCAGCCAAUACCGUUGAAGAGAUAUUUGCACGGAAAAAGCAAAACAAGCCGAUUGCCCGGCCUAAACAUACUGAUAGCUAUAUUACACUGGAUUUGGCCACCAGGACGUUGUCAAAACUGUGAUUCUAUAUAUUCGAAUAAAUUUACCGGCGGUGAUCAGUCGGCGUUCAGCGUGGGGCAGAUUCACCGUUCGGCCGAUGGGCGGUUCGUGUUGUCACCGCAGGAUCUCGUCGAUGGCAUCGUGUCCCUGCGCAACAGCAUCGUGUCGCAGUACAGCAGCAGCGACGACGGUGGCUUCCUGCCCAAGCGUCUUCCUCCGCCAAUCGCGAACACAGCCUCGCCGGCAUGGCACGGCGGUCAGUUCAAUCUCGGCGGCGGACGGUUCGGAGAGCACCACUUUGCGGUGCCACAGCAGGCGCAACCGCAGCAGCAGCAGUCCCUGUACACGAACACCAUGCCGGAGAACGUGAUGCUGAUGACGACGUACAUGACGCCGUCGCGGGUUUCCAAAGUCGUUGCCAGCUCGCCGGCGACCUCCAGCUCGCAGCAGGUGGUCAACUCACCGUGGUCUCCACUUUACUUUAGCGAUCUCAGCUCGGUGCACCAUCUCAGUUCGGCCGAACGUUCCUUUCCCACGUCGCAAAGUGUCAAUUCCGUGCACCGGUACUACAACCACGAGCUGCCGGUUCUGCAGGGCCUGCAACACCUGGCGGCAGCGGCGGCGGCCACGAGCCAUCACCAGCACCAUCACCACCAUCACCAUCAUGCGCACAGUUUCAUACCGGUCGAUGUGCCGGUCAGCUUGCCGGCCAGCGGCUACUAUGGCCAUCAACCGGCGCCACCGGAAGAGCAGCAGCACCAAAGUUUGUAUCAAAACAUUCCCCUCGGGUACUACGACGAAGACCCGGCGGCCAUGCUUGCACACGGCCACGCCACAAUGCCGUACAGCAGCGGCCGGCCCAAGUUUCUCUCGCGCUACUACCCACGAAGUGUUCCGCGGAACCUCAAUCGAACCCUGCCGGAGCUGCGCUCGCCCAUGCUGAACCUAAAUCUCAGUACUACCCCAGUACUGAGUGCCAGUGGUGGUGGUGGGUUGGAGAACUCCCCCCAGAGUUACUCGAGCUCGAGCGGCUUUGGGAGUAAGAACACGUCGAGCAACAAUAACACCACCCAACAGCCGCAGGUGGCCACGGUAAGCCACAAUCUGCUCCGCGAGUGGCGCUACCUGCCACCGUACCGGCCGCCACCUCCACCGCCGAGCUUGCAUCACGCGGCACCCCUGUCGAUUGGUGGGGGCCGCCUCGAGAACCCGCCCUACUCGAUGUCGCACUGGCUCGAGCUGAUCACCCGCCUUAACAUUGCCUCGGAGAAAGCCAACAUUAACAAUGCAGCGGCCGAUGUGGGCAGUGUCGAUGGGCACUACGAGUUCGAUCCGUCCACGCCGACGCCCACGGCUUCGACUCCGACGGGCAUGAUGCGAGACGAUUUUCACCACCUGAUGACGCUACCGUCGACGUCGAGCGACCUGCUGUGGAGUGCGACCGGACUCGGAACGGUCUCGGCUGCCGGUGGCGUGUCGUCGCUGAGUGGUCGAAAGCGGGGCCAAUCGAGGUACGACAACAUUGAUGCGCGGGUUCAAGCGAUGAAGGAAGAGUUCUACGAGUACCGGAAACGACAGCAACUUCAGGCCGUCAGUAGUGGGCCAGUCAGUGUCGCUGAGCUGGAAAGUGUCUGCUGACAGCAGCGCGGAUGCGCACGCCUCUACUGCGAUGGUGAGUAAAUUCGAGCAAUAAGGAACCGUUCCGGACAGGACCUUUUGGUACGCGAGGGCGUGUGGAUAAAUACUGUUGGUUGCCGGGCGUUUGCGUUAGGAUGGAUGUGUUCCUAGUAAUCAAAGGCGAUAGCGGGCUCUGAUAAUACUCUUCCCUUUAAUCUUAGUACCAACAGAAAGGUGGCGGAAACAGAAAGACCUCCGCACGGGGCGAAUGAAAACGAAGCGAAAGAGACACGAAAGGGUGGUCGUAAUGGAGGAAACACGGUGAACGCGUGCGCGCCGCAACUAAAAGAAAAAUAAACUUCAAAAGAACUCCGUUUAGAAUCGCACGCUCUCACUUUUACUGAAUACUCAAAUCACACCCAUUUCACAACAAAGACACACUCAGACACGAAGAACAAAGAACCCAAAUAAGAUGAAAAUAAUAUCCCACUUGUAACGCAUUAUGAAAUGUAAACAUUUUUCUGCACAUAGAGAAAAAAGCAACAAAAAAACGUAAUUAAACUUGAGGCAAAGAGCGAUUAGCAGCACGACACACAACAGUAAAGUGCGCGCGCCACGUAACCACACACGCAGACACACAUUAUUAAUAUUUAACGUUCUUCGUAAAACGAACGCGUAUUGAGAAAAAAAAAUCGAAAUAUCUGCAAAACCAUAGGAGAAACGCAAGAAAACACUCACAACACAACAACGCAAAACUAUGAAGUAGCGUAGAAUGCGCCGCGAACAGUGCAGCAAAAGCGGAACACGCAGACACAACAGAACCCAGAAGUAAUAGCAAUUAAGAGACACUACGUUUAAGCUAAUCUAUAGUACAUUAGUAGAGUCAAAGUGGCAAACAGUGGAAAAUAGAAUUGAAAAAGCGAAACAAAAAAAAAACGAAAACUAACAGAAUGUGAAGCGAACGAGAAAUAAUAAGCAACGCAGAACAAAGGCAGUACAGAAAUAGGGAAACACAGAUAGCGAACAGCAAAAGCAAACAACAUGCUCGGAGACGAAACGAUAAAACCAGUCAUUCUAAAUUAGUAAAAUGAAGCAAACAAAAAUGACACAAAAAUAACAAAUUCCAAAUUUGCAGCGAGCAGCGCGAUGGUGUUGGCGAUGGAUGUUUCGGAUCGACGAAGUGACGAUGGGAGGGAGCGUUGUGAUUUUUCGGACACGGAAGCGAUAAAUACGAUAGCGAACGGGAAGCGUGCUGGUGAAUAGCGAAUACACAAAGUUUUGGUUUUAUUAACUGAAUGCGAUAUAUAUAGCGAAUAGAGCACCCACAAGUAUUAGACAUUAGAUGAUAUUUCCAAGCAACGCGAUCGUCGACCGGAAGGGGGGCACUCGCCGCGCGGUGAACUCGCGAUAUUCGGUAGGAAAAUUUACAACAACAAAACACUGCUAAAACUGCACCAAACUUUUCUUCGGUCACGUAGCGCGUGUGUGUUUGGUUUUGGGGUGGACAAAUCCAACCCGUGUAGUUU